AUGGGGCUCUCUGUAGCUGUAUGGGCUCGCUGUCAGUCUCAGGUGACUGGUCCAUCUCAGCCAAUAGUGGCGAUGGUUGGUGAUGAUAUCAUUUUGCCAUGUUACCUGGAACCUGCUGUGGAUGCUGCAGACAUCACUGUGGAGUGGGCAAGACCUGACCUAGAACCCAGAUUUGUCCAUUUGAGGCGAGAUGGUGUGGAGCUUCUGCUUGAGGAGCAUCCAUUGUACAUGGGGAGAACAUCACUGUCCGUCAACAAACUCAAGUGUGGAGACAUUUCACUGAAACUCUCCAAAGUGAAGCUCUCUGACGCGGGAACAUACAGGUGCCUCGUCCCCACGCCCGGUACGGAAUCUGUAAUCGAUCUUGCUGUAGGCGCUGUCUCGUCACCUGAAAUACACAUUUCUACAGUCAGCAAAGGAGUGAUGUUAGACUGUAAAUCUAAAGGCUGGUAUCCAGAGCCUGAGGUGUUUUGGCUGGACGGUGAGGGAAACUUCCUCUCUGCUGGACCUACAGAGACAGUCAGAGGUCCUGAUGACCUCUAUACUGUCAGCAGCAGAGUGACUGUGGAGAAGAGACACAGCAACAGCUUCACCUGUAGAGUCCAACAGAAGGACAUCAACCAGACCAGACAAGUGGAGAUUCAUAUUCCGGAUGAUUUUUUUGUUGUCCCACCUACUUCUGCUGUUCGUCUCAGCAUCACAGUGGCUGUUUGGUUCACAUGUGUUCUUAUUCUUGUUCUGGCUGCGUGGAAAUGUAGAGAUCAUCACAAAAUCAAAAAUGAUGAAGAUCAAGCAGAACGGGGAGACACAUCAAAGAAGAUCAAAACAUUUAGCAACGAUGCAGAACUUCAGUUACUGCUUGAAGGAGAAAGAGUGCAGCACAUGACAGGCAGGGACCAAAUUGUGUAUUUAGAUAAGAUGGUGAACAAACUUAAUGAAGAUUUACAAAGGAAUGAAAAAGAGUCUGAGUUAGUGAUAAAGGCAGUUGGUGCACUGAAAGAAUAUAAGACACAACUGGAUAACCACAGAUUUCAACUUGAACGACUCCCAGAAUGGAUUGAGAAGCUGAUUAACGUAUUCAAGAGACUUCUGUCCGAUGCAUUUAGGGAUGAGAAGAAAAAUACCUAUCAAGAGAUCCUAACAGAUCUACUGAAGAGAAAAGAAGAAACUGGAAAACUGUUAGAGGACACAAAAAAACUACUUCAGAUAACAGAGGAGGAGGUGCUUCAGAAAACAGAACGAAAAAUAAAACUUGAGAAUUUAAAGGAGCCAAUUAAUAAACACCUGAAGGUGAUAAAAUCUCAGAGGGAUGAGAUUCUGGUGAAACUUCAGACAGGGCAAUCAGAGGAAGAGGGGGCUAAACUUGACAUUGUCCCUUAAUGCAUUCUCACUCCUUCUUGUCUCCUGUCAACUCAUCACCAUCAUCAUCUAACAAAGGCAUACCGCUGUGUCUAUAUUUGAUUACUUACUAUUUUAACAUUCCUUCCACCACUGGGUAAGGCUAAUUGUUCUCAGUUUUACCAAUUUUCAAUAAUUGCUCAUUUUAAAUUAUUUUAAAUGAAUCUUUCAAAAUGUUUGUUCUGUUCAUAUUAACUGUUCCGUUUUACUGCAGUUUACAGUACUCAGUGUCCUCUGGUGGCAGUGAGUGACAGUUCAGAACUGAAAUGGGGAGAGAAGGAAAUAAGUGUUACAGAAAGUUUGUGUCAAAACCAAAUUAAUGAGAAGUUGAAAAAUUUAAAAACAGAGGCAUGAUAAAAUAAUCACAUAAA